GCUCCGAGACAAAAGGAUAUCAAGUGGGCGGGGCUCUGUCAAAGCAAAUAUAGGAGUGGCUAGCAUUAUAAGCUCCACCCUCAUAUUCAACUGUGACAGGAAGCUCACGUGUCUCCUCCACUUGGCGCCGUAGCAAGAAUGACAUGACAACAUGAGCGGGUUACAUAAUCCUCACCUGAACUCUCAGGUUACGCAGGCCGACGGGCGCCGUCUCCAGGUGUCGGGUUGCACGGCUCGGCCGACGUUGCAUCCUUUAUUCAUGACCCGUGCUCCGCAGGUGUCACGGUGUGGGAGCUCGCCCUCGGUAUCCGUCCUCACCCUGUUGGCACCCACGGGGAAGGCUCCCUCGCCGCCUCGAGGCCACGCCCCUCCACGGUAAACACAAGCCUUGGUCGUCCUGUCACUCAUCAUUUGCCGUCUCAUGAUCUCCACAACGUCCAGCACAGCGGAGAUGGUGACUCAGGGUAAACUGCAGAUCACCUCCAUGGAGGUCGUUGAAGACAAAACCUCAGGCCGAUUGGGAUGCUUCGGCUGGAUUUUGGUGGUCAUAUCGCUCCUCUUCAUCGCGGCAACCUUCCCUGUUACGCUAUUUAUGUGCGUCAAGAUCGUGCAGGAGUACGAACGAGCCGUCAUCUUCAGGCUGGGCCGCAUCACAGACAGGAAACCCAAAGGACCGGGUCUUUUCUUCGUUCUUCCGUGCACGGAUAACUUUGUUAAGGUCGACCUGAGGACUGUAUCCUUUGAUAUCCCCCCGCAGGAGAUCCUGACCAAGGACUCGGUGACGGUGUGCGUGGACGGUGUGGUCUACUUCCGCAUCCAGUGUCCCAUCUCGUCCGUGGCCAACGUGUCCAACGCUCACUCCUCCACUCGUCUGCUGGCCCAAACCACGCUGAGGAACGUCCUGGGCACCAAGAACCUGUCGGAGCUGCUCUCCGACCGAGAAGGCAUCUCACUCAGCAUGCAGGAAUCCCUGGACGAGGCCACCAACGUGUGGGGCAUCAAGGUGGAGCGUGUGGAGAUUAAAGAUGUGAAGUUACCUCAGCAGCUGCAGAGAGCCAUGGCGGCCGAGGCGGAGGCCAGCAGGGAGGCGAGAGCCAAGAUCAUCUCCGCCGAGGGUGAGAUGAAGGCCUCCAGGGCUCUGAAGGAAGCCUCGCUGGUCAUCGCCGAGUCGCCGUCCGCCCUGCAGCUGCGAUACCUGCAGACACUCAACAGCAUCGCAGCAGAGAAGAACUCCACCAUCGUCUUCCCGCUCCCCAUCGACAUGAUACACAGCUUCAUGCAGAGGAAGUGACACCUUCCGUUGACAUGUUUCCAUCAAGCAGCAAUUUUCCAUUUUUGGACGUAGCAUCGGAAAACAAUGUUCCCUCCCCAGCCGAUAUUCCACACUGGUACCCCAUGUGGAAGCUGGUUCAGCUGUGAUGGACAAUGGCGGCUGGGCUGGUCUAACUCAAUCAGAAACAGUCAGGAGCUGCAAAACAUGACACUGCUUAUAAACUUUUAGAAAUAUUAAUCUUUUAUAAAUGCUACCUGUUACAAGCACAACAUUCAACAAACAGUAAAUGUGAAAUACUGGCCUAUACGUCUUACUGAGUGGUUCCCAUAUUUGUGUAAAAUGACAACAAAAUGUAGCCAACUUUAAGACAAAAAAGCCCAUGAGAGUUCCCGUAUCUGCAUAUCAAUAGUGUUUGGUUAUUGAUAACAAUAAACAUUCUAUUGGUCCAGUACUUGCAGAGAGGCAUGCUUUAAUUUCCUAUUCGUUUUUUAAAUGGCACAAUAGAAGGGAUUCUUAUGAAGGAUUCGUUCAUGUAUUCCCCAUCUGUGAAUGGCUUCCCAUCCCAUGUUAUAAAUAAUACAACAUAAAGUUAUUGAUUGCCGCCAAAAAGACAGCUGCACAAGAACGUGAUACA